GAAUUCCUGUUAAGUGCAUUAGGAAUGUCUGUAGGACUCGGAAACAUUUGGCGUUUUCCAACGAGAGCUUAUGAGAAUGGCGGAUCCGUAUUCCUCAUCCCCUAUAUCAUUUGUGCCAUCCUUUUCGGCCUUCCCGGGGUUUAUUUGGAGUUCGCUUUGGGUCAAUAUCAGGGAAAAUCCCCACCAUUUGUCUACAGUAGGAUAAUGCCGAUUCUCGAAGGUUUCGGUUGGGUCGCGGCGAUUUUAAUCACCACUGUCAGUAUUUAUUUAAUGCUGGUGAUUGCUUGGAUCAGUGUUUAUAUGUUUAAUGUAAUAAUUGGAAAUUCGUCGUCUUGGGGAAAAUGUGAUAAUGCUUGGAAUGAUGUAGCCACUUGUUUCAAUAUUCCGGCUCAAGAAUCCUGUAAACAUGGACACCAACGAAAUUGGAAUAGUACUGAUAUGGAGCCGAAGAAGUUUGUGUAUAUGAAUGGAUCGUGUCAUGACGCUCAAGAUUAUGCAAAUGUAACGCUGGUGAGCGCGUCGGAACAGUAUUUUACAAACUUCAUAAUCCGUCCCUCCAAAGGCCUUCUCGAUGUCAACACUCUGAAUUGGCCGAUUUUCGUCGCGAUGGCUAUCGGAUGGAUGAUUACCGUACUCUGUAUCACGAAAGGAAUGAAAUUCGUGGGAAAACUGGCAUAUGUUACAGUAAUCCUACCGUACUUUAUAAUGUUCGUACUGUUUGUAAGAGGUGUCACCUUGGAUGGAGCAUCUCACGGGCUCAAAUUCUUCCUGCUCGCUUCGGAUUUCAGCUCGCUGUUGAGAUAUGAAACGUGGACCGCCGCACUCACCCAGUUGUGUUUUUCACUGUCCAUCGGAUUUGGCGGAUUGAUGAAUAUCGCGUCGUAUAAUAAUCGGAAGCAUAAUUGUUAUAGGGACGCCAUAUUCGUCAUCAUUGGCGAUACCACGAUGUCGUUGAUCGGCGGAGCCGCUGUGUUUUCGACCCUAGGAUUUUUGGCCAAACAACGGGGCGUUCCGAUUUCAGAAGUUUUAGAAUCCGGUGCCACGUUGGCAUUUGUAGCGUAUCCAGAUGCGAUGAAUCAGAUGCCAAUACCGUACCUCUGGAAUUUUCUAUUUUUUGUAAUGUUGUGGCUCUUAGGAUUUAGUUCCGUGUUUGUGAUGGUUGAAGAAAUAUGCUCGUGCCUCUAUGAUCGAUUUCCGAGACUUCGAGAAAGGAAAUUCCUGGUGGUUACUGUAGUUUGUAGUGUACUUUUCUGUAUUGGAUUGAUUUUUACUACAGAUGCCGGAAUCUACUGGUUCGAACUAUUCGACGAGUACGGUUCAGGAUUUGGUGCGAUGAUUUCAGCCACAUCAAUGUGUAUCAUUGUUGGCUACCUCUACGGAAUGGGCCGUUUCGAAACGGACCUAAAAUCCAUGCUAGGCGAUGGCCGA